UAAACCCUGGUCUAGUUAUUAAAAAAAUAUAUACACUCGCACCUGUAGUGAUCCCCAUCGAUAGGGGUGUCACCACCGCGUCUGCGCGGAGCGCUUGUCCGCCGCCCCGGACGCUUUGCACGUCUCCGCAACUAAAAUAUACAUUUUUAAAUUUCAAAAAAGGAACGCGCGUCAAAAAACCGUUUUGUGCCAGUGUGUUCGAAGUGUGAAGUGAUAUUUUUGAAUUCGGAAUUUUGUUUUUUUUAGAAUGUUUCGAUCGUGCUUUAUUGUUAAAUAAUUAGUGGUUUUAGUGUAAUGUGAGGAUAAUUGUUACGUAAAAGCAUAGGAGUUAGCGCUGAAGGCGUGUCGCUUGUGAUGUCGGCAUGGAGGUGGUGCUCCCCCUGGCGGUGGUGUGCGUGCUGGCCGUGAGCGGCGCCCCCAACGCGACGCGCCGCCACCCGGCCCGGCCGGACCCGACGCGGCCCGACCUCGAACCCGAGGACGAUGAGCACCACCUGGACUAUUAUGAUGAGGAGCGGAUUAAUAUAUCAGAAAAGGGCAAGUACCUGGGGUCGCCGUGCGAGUUCACCUGCAACCCGGCGCUACUCCACGUGUUCUGCGACCCGACGUCUAAUUCCUGUGAAUGCGAUCCCAAGCACCCUGUCAAUCUUGGCGUCGCGCGCGGGUGCGCUAAAGCAAAAAAGCUUGGCGAGCAAUGCUUCUACCGGCAGACGUGUCGCGCGUUCGACCCCCACGCGUCAUGCGUCCAGGUCAACCACAACGCGUUCUGCCAGUGCGAUCCCGGGUACCACAGUACGACACACAAUCGGCCGACGCAGAGAGUGUUCUGCACUGAAGACCUCGUGUUGCUGACAGCGGAUAUGCCGACGCUGCUCGGCGUAGCGUCGGGCAUCUUCGUGCUGGGGGGAUUACUGUGCAUGGUGUUACACCUUUACACACGCGCGCGCUACCACCCUGCGCAUCUCGCCGACGCUCGGCUCACACCACCGUGUUUGUACUCGCUCAACGACACACAUACCGGCGGCACUCUAAGCGGAACCCGCGCCUCGUCGCGGGCCUCGUCCCGCUCGGGCGGCACGGGCGCCACGCUGGAGUCGGGCUCGUCGCGACGGGCGUCGCGCCGCGGCGUGCCGGUGUCGGCGUCGCGCGCAGGUUCCCGACGUCCAAGUAUAAGUUCAGUACAAAGCAGUUCAUCCUCUAUAAGGAGCUACAGCGCUAGACGUUGGGAGAAGGAGCGAGAGCAGAAGGAGAGGCGACAGAUGAGCAUGCGUCUCGCUCAGUUGCACGACAAAAUGAAUGCGGGGAGAGAGAUACCUAAACAUGCGCCUACUCCAUCUCCACGCUCUCCCAACAACUCCACGGAUGGACUGCUGCCAUCUGUAUGUGAAAUUAGAGAACUGUCAACAAACCCCGAUCAACAAUUGCAAGGCGUCGAGAACCCAUGCUCGAGCUCGUCGCUUUACUGACAACAGCGUUCUAAAUCAGUGCGUCGAUCCCUCGAUUCACUGUCGUCCGACGGGUCCCCAGCUUACGCCUGGAUGUAACACUGGCUUAAAAAAAUGAAACUGCCACUCAGUGAACGCAGGCGAAAGUGAAGACGUGUAAUAUUUUAGAACACAUCCAAAGGGGAUUUGAAAUAGGCGCGAAAGACCUUGAACGCAGUAUUUGGGAACGCACCUGAAAAUGGAAUAUGAAUUCCAAAUUUGAAUUAGGAAUUGGUUUAUAAUGGCUGAAAAGACUGCAAGUAUUUGUGGGAUCUUAAAAACAGUGAAUUAGAAUGACAAAUUAAAUUUGUAAGGUUUUGACAUUUGAAUGCUUGGCUUUUAAGCUAGGCUAGUUAGUGUUGCUGUAUGUGAUGCUACAAGGAAGUGUUUUGUGUGUAAAAUGUACGUCGACAGAUAUCUAAAAUGUAAUCAAUAUAUUAAAAUUGCUAUUACGAUAAUAGAUUCAAUUCUGCUCUUUAAAACAGUGACGGAAAGUUUUUCGAUUA